CAAACACUGAUACUCCCUCUUCCCAUCAGCCUGAGCAAGGAGACACGCAGAGAGGGGCCCCAAUCCCUGCAGUGAUUUGGGGGCAGAUCUGAGCAGUGGAUUCUAAAAAAACCCAACCUACAUUCUUGUCAGUUUAACACCAGUAUCUCUGAGUUGUGCUUAUGUGUCUGUUUCCCUACGUACCUGAUCUCGUCAAUUUCACAUGGAGCAGGGCCAUAGAACAGGGAUCUGCUUUUCAUCAUUAGCAACCCAAGCUGGAUUCGAGCUGGUGAUCAAGGAGUGAGGUAAGUCCCUAACCCAGGGGGCAAUUCCACUCAGCAGCAUGACGAGCGAGGUUGUGGAGGAUGAGAUGGAAUUUUAUUCCAAGGCUGAGAAAUACUGGAAGGAUGUGCCGCCCACGGUGGACGGCAUGCUGGGUGGGUACGGCCACAUCUCCAGCAUUGACAUCAACAGCUCCAAAAAAUUCCUGCUUAAGUUCCUUCGGGAUGGGCCUAACAGGACAGGAACCACCUGCGCCCUGGACUGUGGGGCUGGGAUUGGCAGGAUCACCAAGAGGCUGCUGUUGCCUCUCUUCAAAGCAGUGGACAUGGUGGAUGUGACUGAGGACUUCUUGACCAAGGCGAGGACCUACCUGGGAGAAGAGGGCAGGCGAGUGAGGAACUACUUCUGCUGCGGCCUGCAGGACUUCAGCCCUGAGCCCAACUCCUAUGACGUCGUCUGGAUCCAGUGGGUAAUAGGACACCUGACUGAUGACCAUCUGUCUGACUUCCUGAAGAGAUGCAAGGUUGGCCUGCGCCCCAAUGGCAUCAUUGUCAUCAAGGACAACAUGGCCCAGGAGGGAGUCAUCAUGGACGAUGUGGACAGCAGCGUGUGCCGGGACCUGGACGUAGUGCGGACAAUCGUCCGGCGCGCAGGCCUCAACCUCCUGGCUGAAGAAAGGCAAGAGAACUUCCCUGACGAAAUCUACCAUGUCUAUACAUUUGCCAUGAGAUGAACCCGGGCUGGGAGAUGCUGUUUACCAAGAGGUACUGCUGUGCCAGGACCAGCCCAGCAGGCCCCUUCUGGGGGGAUCCAGAGGACACCUAUCGUGUGGUUCAGACACUUCAUGGUUAAAAUUCAGGGUGGGGUGGGGUGUCCUGAAUAACCCUGCUGGGGCUGGCUGGAAAGAUCGGGUCGGGUCUUCUGCGUUGCUGCUGUUUGUGAGAAGACAGUUGCCAAAUACACUCUCCUGCUGUUGCACCUCUGUACACAGACUCUGCUUAAACGCCCACGCCACCCACCGAGGCUGGAGGCUCUCUAGAGAGGAAAAGCCUUGAAGCUGCACCAGAUGGGGGUAUGAGAGGCAGAGUAAGAACUCCUGCAGCUGCCCUACCUCAGUUUGUUUGCCUGCUGCCAGAGGAUGCUGUGUGCGCUAUGCCUGAACCCCGCUUGGUUCUGGGCGCGUGGACGAAGCUGCAGCGUCAGCUCUCCCUGCUGCAGGGGAGCCAGGAGAUGAGAGGGUAGAACUCACUGGCUCCUGCUCCAGCUCACUACUUUGCUGCUCCUAACCCUCCUCUCCUCUGGGUGCCUGAACUGGGGUCGGUUCAGCUAGGCAUUUCUUGCUGCCUUCCCGAAACUAGUCUGAGGCAGGAGGUUGUAGGUUCCUGGGACGUGAAAUCUGUCGCAAAGGCAGAGAGUAGAGGUUGGGGCUCGCUUACAGUAAUGGAAAAAGGGGUGAUUUUGUUUGGCCUCUCUCCAAGAUCUGUGCCAUUUCCUCAGGAUGGAGCAGAUCUUCCCAAGGGGAGGAAGAAAAGAGGCUCUGGGGCUAUCGUGGGGUUUUAUAUGACUGCCCAUCACCAUUGUAUCUUUCAUGCAAAAUCAGUAGUAAUAGCAAAAUCGUUAGUGUUUUCAUAGAAUCUCGGGAAGUUUCUCAGAGCAAAAACUUUUUCAAGAUUUGACUAAAUCCAUAUUUAUUUGUGCUGGGGUGGGAGGCGUAGGGGUUGAGAGGCCGGUGCCCCCUUCCCCAGGGGCACAGCAGAGUUGGGUUAAUACACAACCUCGGCCGGGACCAGCUUGCCUGCUGUACCUGUUGGACAGUUGACUCAGAAGGGGGGAAUCAGGCUCCCCAUGGCUUGCUGGGGUUGUGCUCUCAUGUUCCUCCCUCCCUGUCCAGGAGAAAGGAAAUUUCUCACCCUAAAGGAUUUUUAAAAUAAUGUUGUUGUAGCCAACCACCCAUUAACAGAGACUCCAAAUGCAGCCCUGGCCCCUCGCCCAGAGCGGGAGUUGGGAGGGCAGGCUGGCCCCUCACUGCUGACACGGGGCAGGGGCUCUGAGGCCGUUGUAGAAUUACAGGCUAGGAAGUGGCAAAUACUUCCGAAUGAGCUUGUUCUACGCAAGCCCUGCCCUGCCACCCGCUGCAGAAUAAAGAGCCCAGGCUACAGCCUGGCUGUGAACGGCUGCAUCCCGCUUGCUCCAGGUGGGCAGGGCAUCUUGCACGGCUGUUCUAGCACUUCAGAGUGGGAGCCUGCGGCAGGCCUCUCAAACCACCCCCGCCGGAGCAAGGGCCCAGCCAUUACCGUUCAGCGCGUGAGCAGCCCACAAGGAAACGCUGAUUGGUGGAGGAGCUCGGGGGGGAUGGUUAAGGGCUUGUCUGCACAGCGACUUAGAGCAAGCCAGGCAGCGACACCGGCGCUCGCUAGCUCUCGACGUGCGCCCUGCGCUCCAUCACUGUGCAGACAAACCCGGCCAGCCCAGGGCAGCUCGUUCUUGGCUUUUGUACUUUACCCAACCCCCCCACCAUUUAACGUGGAAAAGCUGCGGCUCUAGCCCCUUGGCCAUGCUGCGGAGUCGGCCUGUUUUGUAGAGAGCAACCGUGGUCCUUCGGCAUGAAUGAAGCUACACAGGGGGCCCCCUCCCCUAUUUCAGUGCUGCUCUUGGACUAAUAGAGGGGGGGCUAAUUUCCCAAGAGAGAGCAAGCAGGCCCAGUGGCUGCUCUGUUUGGGGCAGGGGCAGGGGCCAGCAGAGUAACAGUCUAGGUCUGACUUCACUGCUUGACAGUGUCUUCAAGUAUUGUCUAGCACCUCUUUAGGCCCAGCCCUGACUGGGCUGUCAGCAGCCAGGCCCCCGUUGGCCGGGAGGGAGAGAUCCCUUGCCUACAGUUCAGAGAUUUGAUCAAGUGCCCAGUACAGAACUGGGAAUAAAAUCUUGGCAUCAGGGCCAGGCUUUGACAAUG